CAGAUGAGCGACGCGGGAAGAGCAGGUUGCUCCACACGGCCGUGACGAGAUGGAACAGCCGCUGGACGUGCGAGUCCAAUAAAAGGCAAGCAGGAGAAUGAAGGCUCACCACCAACGUAAAGAAACACUUGAUGAAGAGGAGGCAAACUGGAUAACAUUUCAUGCAUCUCAGCAUCAGGAGAAACGGGGUGAAUUCCUGCAUGCCAUUAGCUGCAAUAUUGAUAAUAAUGAUAUCAGAACCGGACUUUUUCGGUGAUAUAUGGCUGGAAGUAAAGGGAAGGAGCUGGCUGGACGGCAAGGGGUGACAUUGAUACUUCUGCUGGGCUUGUCGGGCAUCAUCACUGCACAUAUCAGCAACAAUAAGCAACACAAAUAACAAAGGUCUUAACAGGCGUAUCUCCUGUGGCCAAACGUGGCCCUGCCUCAUUUGAAAGCUCCAGGUCCCAUCGCCUUCCAGCAUGACGGUUGCGACCAGCGACCCGACAGACGAAGCGGCAGCACAUCCGGGUCAGCCUCAUGACCACUACGGCCCAGACCCAGAUCAUGAGUGCUGCGAGAGGGUCGUCAUCAACAUCUCAGGCUUACGCUUUGAGACGCAACUUAGGACCCUGUCCCAGUUUCCGGAGACGCUACUCGGCGACCCCAAGAAAAGGAUGAGAUACUUUGACCCUCUUCGGAAUGAGUAUUUUUUUGACCGCAAUCGACCAAGUUUUGAUGCCAUUCUUUAUUAUUACCAAUCGGGAGGGAGGCUGCGCCGGCCUGUUAAUGUCACUCUUGAUAUUUUUUCUGAAGAGAUUCGCUUCUAUGAGCUGGGAGAGGAAGCUAUGGAAAUAUUUAGGGAGGAUGAAGGUUUCAUAAAGGAAGAGGAGCGCCCAUUGCCAGAAAAUGAGUUCCAGAGACAGGUGUGGCUGCUCUUUGAGUACCCAGAGAGCUCAGGUCCAGCUCGAAUCAUUGCCAUCAUCUCCGUAAUGGUGAUUCUUAUCUCGAUUGUUAGCUUCUGUCUGGAGACACUGCCAAUUUUCCGAAACGAAGACGAGGAGAUGUACAACUCUCCCUUCCAAACCCUUUCCAAUGUCACAAUGACGUAUUACCCAUCAUCAUAUUUUACUGACCCUUUCUUCAUUGUGGAGACCCUUUGUAUCAUCUGGUUCUCAUUUGAGUUCUUAGUCAGGUUUUUCGCAUGUCCCAGUAAAGCUGGAUUUUUUGGCAACAUCAUGAACAUCAUUGAUAUCGUAGCAAUCAUUCCCUACUUCAUCACUCUUGGCACAGAGUUAGCAGAGAGGCCAGAGGAUAGAGAGACGGGACAGCAAGCUAUGUCCUUAGCUAUUCUCCGUGUCAUUCGGCUUGUAAGAGUGUUUCGUAUCUUCAAACUCUCCCGCCACUCCAAGGGACUUCAGAUCUUGGGGCAGACUCUGAAGGCCAGUAUGCGUGAGCUCGGACUGCUCAUUUUUUUUCUAUUCAUUGGCGUUAUUCUCUUCUCCAGUGCUGUUUACUUUGCCGAAGCAGACGAGCCAGAAUCCCAGUUCAGCAGCAUUCCAGAAGCCUUUUGGUGGGCAGUGGUUUCCAUGACAACUGUGGGCUAUGGCGACAUGGUCCCGACAACCAUCGGCGGAAAGAUUGUGGGGUCUCUUUGCGCUAUUGCCGGUGUGUUGACCAUUGCGCUGCCGGUACCAGUAAUCGUGUCCAACUUCAACUACUUCUAUCACAGAGAGACAGAGGGUGAAGAACAGGCGCAGUAUCCAAAUAUCCCUAGUGUGCCUAAGGCCAGCUCAACUGAUGACCUAAAGAAGAGUGGCCGCAGUGGCAGCGGGUCAACUCUCAGUAAGUCGGAUUAUGUGGAGAUUCAAGAGGCUGCCAACCACAGUACUGAGGACUUCAGACCAGAGGGCAUGAAAACAGGAAACUGCACCGUAGUCAACACCAACUAUGUAAACAUCACUAAGAUGCGUACGGAUGUAUAAUGUGAGCUAUUUUGAAGAUUGUUUUCAUCUAUCAUCUGCAGACACUUGCACAGAAAAAUGAAAGAGUGGCCUGGUAUUUCAGGUCCAGUGUGGGAGUCUAGAGCAGAUGAUUUGAUGUAAAAGUCAACCGAAGACCGGAUGUUUGCUCACAUCCGAAGGAACUUGAGUACAUGACAGAACCACAACCUGUCAUUUUUGGGACAUCCUUGGCUUCUGCAUGGAGUUAGUCUUACUUAUUAUGACAGUAGUUGCCCAGCUCACAAACGUAGCCAAAUAGUAGCCUAAGAAGUAAUAAUAAUCAACAGUCUAACGGGACCACCUGUUGCUCCAUCAUAUUACAAACUGUGGCCAGAAGACAAUGCACAAUACGAUCAGCAUAGUGUUGUCAGGGUUUAAGAUUAAGUCAUACCAUAGUUUCAGCAAAAUACGUUACUCGAACUGCCAAGGUCUUAGCCAUACUUUCAAGAACAACAACAGAGGAAGGAUGCUAAUACCCAUCUGGCCUGAUGGUCAUUUAAGGCUCCCUCAAUAGGCUCCCGGACCUAAGUGCACAAGCAUUCUUUGCUCAUUAUUAUCUGUACCAGUGGCCUCUGUAGAGACCAAUAUAUAGACCACGGGGAAGUGCUGUGUAUGGGGACCACAACAGUGCUUGUUUUGUUUUGUUUUUUUUCCUCAAUGAAGCAUUAGUGGAUAUACAAGAGCGAAUGUCUCAUUUAUACAUCACAAGGUAAUUUAGUAGUCGCCUGAUUGUGUGUUAAGAUAAACACAUCAAGAAUCUAUGUGGUGUUCUACGUUAGUGCCUAUUUGUAUGUAAAAAAAAAACCUGUAAGUGUCUCUUUAACUGCCUCCAAGCCCAACUGUAACAGGAAAACUAUGUAGUUUGACGCCACUGCCCAGUAUAAACAACAUUGUCCUUUACUUCAUAGCAUUCCAUAAUUGUAGGAACAGUCAUAUGAACAAGCCACAAAAGAUGUAGUGAUAUUACAUAAUUUGUACUAACACUUAUAACAGCAAGGGUAAAUAAUUGCUUAAAGGUACAGCUAAUUAAGGCUUAUAGUGUAUUAACCCAACAAGCCCAAAAAAGCACCACAAAAUAUAAGAAUAGAAAAGAGCUAGCAGCUUUGUCAUAGUAUGCUUUGGCAUUUAGUACAACAAACUAUUCAUAUUUUUUUUAGCUUGCUGUUACAUAAGAAAGCAUAAUAACAACAAACCAAAGAAAAACAUAGUUCCAUUUGGAUUGGCAUCGCGAGAAGGUAAAAAUAUAUAUGCUUCGCAUUUAUACAAUCAUUCAACUGGUACUCAGACCUAUAGGUUAUAUUCUUCAUCAGCAUUUAUUAAACCUAUGCUAUUCUGCUCUUGUAGUGCUGCAUGUCUUUAAAAGUAACCAUUGUAGCAUGCAUUAGUAUGAAUAAUACUAGCAAGAUGACUCAAAUAUUGUAUACUCCAUUGUGUGUACAUAUAGGCAUUGUACAGUAUACAGUACAUGGAAGACAUGGGUGUUUCAUAAUGAUGUGUGACGCUUGUGCACAUGCACCUUUGUAUUCGAUUGAUAUUUAUAUAUAUAUAUAGCUUCAUACCAUGUAUAAGUGACAAUUUUGCCAGUUCAGGAAGACAAAUAGUCACUUUACCAUGAGAUAACCAGAAACAAUACCUAACUCCUUAUAGAAAGACACCUGUGAGUUGAUUAGGCUCCUGCAGCUGUCAAGAUGAUUGCUUAGUGAGUCUCUGAAUACCUAUUUUGUCAAUUACAUCUUUUUUGUUUUGCCAACUGUACCUUAAUCGACUCAGAGUGUCCAUAACUCAAAUUAAACUGUAUCUUGCUCAGUGCGUAUGCAUGUGUAAUAGUGAGCGCUUAGCGUAUUCUAAUCCUGUCUCAGCACAUAGUUUAUACUGCUUGAGUGUGUAUUCACAUUCAGAUGUAUACAAAGCACAAUACAGUGAAGGGAUGAUAAGAUCAGAUCUGUUGUACAUGCAUGUGCUAAAAGCUCAUCUGUGUUGUAGAAUGAGGCCAGGAAUUGAACCACUGAAAAGUUAGAUAAACACUGCCUAAACACUUUCUGUGUUUUUUUUCCUGUUUUCUUAGUGAACUUGUGUCAUUACAGU